UUGGCAAAGAAUCAGCUUAAGACUUGUUCAUGCCAUGGAUCGAGGAAGGGCUCAUAUGGUGUAACCUCUCAGUGAAGCUCUCAUCAGCUUUAAGUUCAUGGACAGGUUACCAACAGCCAGCCCCUGGGAGAUUUAUUUAUACAAUGUUGCAAGUCUGUGUGCGUUUGCAAUGCAGCAAACUUGAAGAGUCUGGUGUACAGCAACAACGUUUUUUGACCAACCAUGAAGUGGGCUUUGGUGUUCGCUUGUGUACUUGUUUGCCUCGUUGGUAGAAAUGCAGCGUUGAAGUGCUAUCAGUGCAACCUUGGCAACAGCGCUUGCAAAGACCCAUUUGACAAAGACGCAAAUAACAACCUGCUUCAAGAGUGCCAAUUUGCUUUGGGUUUAUCUGGUGCUUGUUGGAAAAUCAAAACCAAUGACGUUGUCACACGUAGUUGUACUGCGAAGGCAACAUGUGAUGCCAUCGGUGGUCUUAAUGCUUGCGGUGACAAUGCAUCAGGUGCUAACGCGUGCUGCUGCACCACAGACGGAUGCAACGGCGCUACGACAACCAGCAUCAGCUAUUUGGCCGUGACUGCUCUGCUCGUCCUGACAAAGGCCUUGCAUUAACUGUCUUGGAGGCAGCUAUCAAAGGCAUAAGGACAGUUGAUUUUUAUUUAGAUGUUCCCGUCAAUAGUUAUAUCACGUGACACACCGGAUGACUUAUCAAUGAUUGCAAGUCCUUGAAUUCCAGCGAGGGCCGGCCACUAAAGUUGUGUAUUCCAAGUAUGCUGGAAACUACUUGAAGUCUUCGAUUACAAGUAAACUCGUGUCUGUGAAAUAUAGCAAGUCACUACGGCUUAGACUUAUAAGUGUGCCUAUGAAAGCCGCUUAUACUUCUAAAAAGACAAUUUAGAAUGCCGAACAAGUUUCUAUUUGAUUUUCAUUCAUUCGCCAUCAAAUAGUUCACGUCAUGAAAUUCAAUGCGGGCCGUUUUCCAAUACUUGACUUUUGCUCCGUCUCAGGCUUCAAUUUUUUUUUUUUUACUUCCUGACUUUGUGGUUGUAAGCGCAACAGUAAGUCUUAUAGUGCCAUAGAACAUCAAGUAA